UUCAAAAUAAAAAUGCAAAUAUUAAUGAGUGAUAUUGAUACGUUGUAAGAGAAUACUCCACACAUUUACAUUCCUGGUUAAGCAGAUGCUUCAUUAUGAAGAGACAUAGCUCUGCAGGAUUUUGUCCCAACUAUAAAAAGCUGUAUUUGCUAUUGGUGAUACAGAGACAAAGGAUGCCAACAUGCCUGCAGUAGAAGUUGCAUGACAAAUGCUUGUUUCAGAGUGAAAACUUUCUUAAAGAAUGGGAGACAAUGAUUAUGACAUUGAACAAGAGGAUGACAUCACCGUACCAACCAUAAUUAUGCUGGUAAUCUUAGUAGCUGAGGAUUUUGUCGGGAUGUGGAUAAAUUCCUUCAUUGUGGCCAUCAAUUGCUUUGAACGUAUCAAACACAGGGGCCUGUACUCAAGUGACAAUAUCUUGACUGUUGUGGCAUUCUCAAGAUUUUGCGUCUUGCUCAAAACAACCUUACAGACUUUUUGCUCAAUAUUUUACCUAGAGAUCUAUUACAUGGACACCGUGUUCCAAGCCUUCCGAGCUGUGACCUGGUUUCUGAACUCUUCCAAUCAAUGGUUUGCUGCUUGCUUGGGUGUAUUUUACUGUGUGAAAAUUGCAAACUUCAGCCACCCCCUUUUCAUCUCUCUAAAAUUCAGAAUCUCCAGAUUGGUGCCAUGGUUGCUUCUGGUUUCUGUGCUUUUUUCCUUGUUCAGCAGCCUUCCUUUCCUUAAUACUCCUUACAAAAUACGGUAUAAUAAUUUCAACUCCAGCCUUCGAGGGGUUUAUUACACUGUGAAGAAUGUCACAGUGGAAACGUCUGUUUCUCACGUACUUUUUAUCUGUGGCACUGGAUUUUCCGCAGCGUUCACCAUAUUCAUCAUUUCAGCCUUUCUCUUGCUGUUCUCUCUCUGGAGACACACCCGGCGGAUGCAAAACAACUCCAGCUGUUUUAGGAGCCCUUGCGUGGAGGCCCAUAUUCAAGCCAUGAAAGCCAUCAUGUCGUUCUUCCUCAUCAAUGUUGUUAACUUCAUAGCUUUGCUGAUCUUGUUAACAAAUACACUUGAAGAAACCUCUCUUAUGGGCAUUGCCUGUACAAUCAUCAUAGAUGCUUGUCCAUCAGUACAUUCCAUUGUCUUGAUUCUGAGCAAUCCCAAACUGAAGACCACAUUGAUUAAAGUUCUGCAUUAUGCAAAGUGCAAGGGGUGAGGAGGAGAAGG